GAGGGGAAUUACAUUUUACGACACUUCCCAACCGUUUGCGGCAUAAACACAUGGACGCCUGCGGUUAGCUACGAGAACUUGAGAGGUCAAAAGUUAUGAUCCUAAUCUGCGAAAUAAACGGGACAUAACACUGAGAUAUGGCCAGCUCCAUGGUGGCAGUGGGACUGGCUCUGGCAGCUGCUGGGUUUGCAGGUCGCUACGCCAUGCAGGCCAUGAAACAAAUGGAGCCGCAGGUGAAACAGGCCCUCCAGAGUUUUCCCAACACGGCCUUUGGCGGAGGAUACUACAGAGGCGGGUUUGAACCAAAGAUGACAAAGAGAGAAGCUGCUCUUAUUUUAGGUGUCAGUCCCACAGCCAACAAGAAUAAGAUCCGAGAAGCCCAUAGAAAGCUGAUGGUCCUGAACCAUCCAGACAGAGGUGGUUCUCCGUACAUCGCUGCAAAAAUAAAUGAAGCAAAGGACCUGAUGGAUGGCCAAGCUAGGAAACAGAGCUGAAGAUCAGGACGAAAUAAAAUUUAUUUCACGCUGCUUUUAUAUGCUCCAUUUCAUGGACUGAGUUAAGGAAGCACUUGAUUUUUUUUUCUAAUUCUUCCCAAAUAAAAUAAAAUCACCAAACAA